AAUCUAUUUCUAAUAAUAUUUUACUAAUAUCAAACUGAUAAACUAAAUCUAUACGUAACAUAUUAUUUACAGUAUGAAUUCCAUUUCCUUAAUUUAAAUCGGUUUGAAUUUUUAAAGUUACAAAGCUUAUACCUUUUAUUUAAUGGUUAACAGUUUUACUAGACAAAUGUUAUAAGUGAAGAAAUGUUUAAUUUUUAUACCACAUAAGAUCUGAGAUUAUUAAUAGAAAAUGGAUAACCUAUUUGGUAAAGAAGACUCUGGAAAUGAAAGUGAGCAUGUUGAGAUAGAUGAUAAAGAUGAAAAAUUUAAUAUUUCACAAAACUCUACAAUGUCUAAGGAUAUUGAAAAUAUGGACGUAGAUGGUUUACCAAUAAAGGGAGAACUGGAUGCUAUGAGUUCUCAAUCUCAAUCAGACGCUGAAGAAGUAGGUUCUAAUUCUAUAUGUAUGACAAUGGAUGAUCAAUUGGAAAUAGUAAAGCACGAAAUUGAAAUUGAAAAUAAAGAAGAAGAACCAAGUACAGAAGAUAUUUUUGGCAAUGAUAUUAUGUUACCUCAUGUUAAUCACACUAGUAUUAAAGAAAGAAGAGAAAGUAAAGAAAAAAGUAAAAAAGAAUUAGAAGAGGAGGAAAGGGAGAAAAUGCAAGUACUUGUUUCUAAUUUUACGGAAGAUCAGUUAGAUAGAUAUGAAAUGUAUAGGAGAGCUGCAUUUCCAAAAGCAGCUAUAAAGAGGAUUAUGCAAACUAUAACAGGUUGUUCUGUAUCACAGAAUGUUGUUAUAGCAAUGUCAGGUAUUGCGAAAGUAUUUGUUGGUGAAAUUGUAGAAGAAGCUUUAGAUGUAAUGGAAGCUAAUGGUGAAACAGGACCAUUACAACCCAAACAUUUAAGGGAAGCAGUUCGUAGAUUAAGACUUCAGGGUCAAAUACCAAAUGGACGUGCACAUAAAGCAUUCUUUAGAUUAUAGAUAAUAUAUAAUAUUAUUUCUCUUCAUACUAUGUAAGUUUAUAUACAGAUGAUGGUAAUGGGGGAUAGUAUUUUUCCGUCGCAAUUGUAGUUCAUAUUUUAUCCGUACAUGUCGCUGAAGUCAGCUAACAUAACCAUACUCUAUGGAAUACGGAAAGAUGGCGGACAAUAUUUGUUUUAAUAUUCUUUUGAACUAUAUCUAAAAAUUUCUUGUUAAGAAAAAAAAAAACGUGUGUUCUUAAAAAUAAAUAUAAUU